AUGCCCAGCAAGCUGCGGGGCAUCGCCACAGUAUCACGCGUGACAUCCGUCGCCUCCCCUGUCACCAAUCGCCCCAGCAGCACCAGCUCUUCCUGCCCAAGCAGCGCGUGGGGAAGCGGCGUGCAGGGCACAUCUGCUGCAGACACGCCCGUGCCAGAGAGCCCCAGCAGCGACGUGCCCGACGCAAGCAGUGCUGAGCUAUUGUCAUCACCGUCGUCGUCCAUCACCAAGCCGACCUACCUCGACCUGAGCACCCACUUCUAUCUACACAACGCGGCGGACAUAUUCAACAGCGGCACGUUCCUGGGCGGCGGCGGUCAGGGCGAGGUGCGGCGCGUCGAGCUGCUUGGCCACCAGUACGCCUUGAGGCGCGCAACGAGGUACGAAAUCUCCAACGAGCGCCGAACCGAGUCCAUACAGGGCCCAUGGGCUCAAAAGCACAUCCUCUACGACUAUGGUGACGAAGCCGACGCGCUGUACUCACUCUACGAGCUGGCAGCCGGCGACCUGCACCAAGCGCUUGACGGCCACUCGAUCGCCGCUGUGAGUGGCAGCAGUCACGGCGGCUGCGGCCAGACUGCGAUGCUGUCUGCAGUGAGCCAGCCACUCCCACAGCCAGCGGCGUGCCAGCCGGCCCCGCAGCCAGCGCCAUGCCAGCCACCCCCACAGCCGGCGGCACCCCAGAAGAGCCAGGAAGGCCCGACCAAGCCAGCGCCCUUCAAGAAGCUGCUACGCUCGCUCUUCAAGCCCGCCAACAAGAAGCCGCCGCCAGUACAGCCGGCGUCCCCCCUCAUGCCAACCGCCACCGCCAAGGCCCUCGCCGCCGAGCUCAUCACCGCCGUCGGCACCGUGCACGACGCCGGCGUCGCGCAUUUCGACAUCAAGCCAGGCAACGUGCUGGUGGCAGCCGACAACCAUCUGACGCUCUGCGACUUUGGCUGCGCGCUGCCAGCCUCAAUGCCAGCCAUGUGCGCCGGCGGCACGCCGCUCUUCAUGGCGCCAGAGCAGCACGUCGACAUCGACAGCUUCUUGGGCCGCCUCAGUAUACUGCUGCGUAGCUCGCUGCACCAUCUCGCCACCUGGUGCGGCCUCAAGCAUGACAGCCGCCCCGCCGACGUGUGGGCGCUGGGCGCCACCUUGGUCACGAUGCUCCUGCCACCCGCCGAGGCCGACGCGGCGCUGGCGGCGGCGCGCGCCGGCAAGAAGUGGGUCCCCGCCCCCGGCUCUGUCGGCGCUGCGCUGCCGGCUGACCUGCGGGACCUGCUGUUCCGCGGCAUGCUGGCGCGGCGCCCCGGCCGGCGGCUGACCGUGCGGCAGCUCAAGGGCCACGCCUUCUUCGCCGGCGUGGACUGGGCGGCCGUCGAGGCGCGGACUGUGCCGCUGCCCGUCGACCUCGUGGCGCUGGCGAAGAUCGGCCGCGAGGCCGAAGAAGCUGACGCCGCCGCCGCCGCCGCCGCCUCCACCGCCGCUGCCGGCGCUGGCGUGGACCCUGUGACUUGA